GCACAUUAUAUACAGAACCUGAACAGUUUAGCCAACGAUCUUCUAACAGUGGUCUUCGUAUAACGGAUGGCUUCAUGAACACCCUCAUUCUGAAUCAACACAGUGCAUUUGGACAGAGAGAUAGGCUCUUUAGACACAAAUUAUAUAGAAGCCCGGAGAGCUGUGUGUGCUACACGUGAUCAUGGCGGCUGGAGCCCGGUUCCUGUCUUUAGGAUCCAGCUAGUAUUGGACACAUUAAACCCGUCGGGCAGGAUGGACGGGAAUGGGUUUCCGGACCAGGAGCAGAUGCUGCAGUUUUUAAAGAAACUCAAAGAGGUCUUUGACGUGUGUGACGAGGACGACGAUGGCUACAUUCGUGUUGAGCAUUUCAUUGAUCUCGGAUUGCAGUUCGGCCAAGGAGACGAGGUGCAGAAGCUGACCAAAUAUCUGGACCCCAAUGAGCUGGGCAGGAUAAACUUUAAGGAUUUCUGCCAUGGAGUGUUUGCUAUAAAAGGUUGUGAAGAAAUAUUGAAAAAUGCACUGGGGGCUAGGAGUGCCCUGUGCCGUCAGUUUGAGGCAGAGUAUGAGGAGUAUUACUACCAGCGAGAGGAGGAGGUGCUGGGAGAGUACGGAGAGUGCGAGAUCUUCCCUCCCGAUGAGGACGGCAUGACCCUGCCCCAGCGAGACAGCCACCGUGAGUCAGACAUGGACAGUGCCAUAGGGAGCACGCAUAGCUCCGAGGGUUCCGACCUGUGCAAGGGAGAGGACAAGGAGGAUGGGCUGGGGGGGCUCUUCCUUCACACAGACAAGUCUAUCCCACACAACCCCUCGGCCACGUCGGACCUGUCCACGCACUCCACCGCCUCGCUCAUCAGCAACGAGGAGCAGUUCGAGGACUACGGGGAGGGGGAGGAUGUGGACUACACUCCCAGCAGCCCCUGCCCUGACGACGAAACCAGAACCAACGGCUUUUCUGACCUUGGCUCCUCCGUCUCCUCCAGUGCUGGCCAAACCCCCAGGAAGAUGAGGCACGUCUACAACAGUGACCUGCUGGAUGUGUACUGCUCCCAGUGCUGCAAGAAAAUCAACCUUCUCAACGACCUGGAGGCCAGGCUGAAGAACCUGAAAGCCAACAGUCCCAACAGGAAAAUAACAAGCACUGCCUUCGGACGGCAACUGUUUCACAACAGCAACUUCAGCAGCAGCAAUGGCAGCACAGAGGAUCUGUUCAGAGACAGCAUUGAUUCCUGUGACAACGACAUCACCGAGAAGGUGAGCUCUCUGGAGAAGAAGGUGACGGAGCUGGAGAAUGAGAGCUCGCUGAACGGAGACCUGAAGGGCAAGCUGAAGCAGGAGAACACACAACUGGUGCACAGGGUCCAUGAGCUGGAGGAGCAGAUAAAGGACCAGGAGGCACGAGCAGAGCAGGUGCUGGAGGAGGAGAUCAAGAGGCACAGAGAGGCCUACGUGAAGAUGGAGAGGGAGAAGAGCACAGAGAUAGAGCUGCUCAACAACAGGGUACAGCAACUGGAAGACGAAAACGGGGAAAUGGGCAGCAGUGUAAACAGAUUAAAAUCACAAACAGAGAAACUGGAUGAGGAAAGGCAGCGGAUGACAUACAAGCUGGAGGACACCAGCCUGCGGCUGAAGGAUGAGAUGGAUUUGUACAAGAAGAUGAUGGACAAGCUGAGACAGAACCGGCAUGAGUUCCAGAAGGAGAGAGAGGCAACACAGGAGCUCAUUGAGGACCUGCGAAAGGAGCUGGAGCACCUGCAGCUCUUCAAGCUGGAGACGGAGCGACCCGGCCGGGGCAGGAGCUCCUCCUCCAGCCUGUCCGAAUUCAACGCCAAGACCCGCGAGAUGGAGCUGGAGCACGAGAUCAAGCGCCUCAAGCAGAAAUUAAUUUCCCAGGAUAUCCCAGCUGAAAUUCAACGUAUUCUUUCCAGCGGGGUCCUGCUUCUCCCCAGUUUGCUGGAGAACCAGAAACUCAGAGAGCAGAACGAUGAUCUGAAUGGACAGAUCCUAAGCCUCAGUCUCUACGAAGCCAAGAACCUCUUUGCAACGCACACAAAAGCCCAGUCUCUGGCCGCUGAGAUUGACAACGCAUCGAGAGAUGAGCUCAUGGAAGCCCUGAAGGAACAGGAGGAGAUAAACUUCCGUCUGAGGCAAUACAUGGACAAGAUCAUUCUCGCUAUCCUGGAUCACAAUCCAUCCAUACUGGAAAUCAAGGACUAGGAAUGUGUCUGUAAGGGACUGAGAGCGAGAGAGCGAGAGAGAGAGAGAGAGAGAGAGAGAGAGAGAGAGAGAGAGAGAGCUACACAAAGCAACAACGAACAAACAGCCUCCAAACAACACCACCUGCAGCUGCUGCACCUGCUGUUACUGCUCAGAAAGUCAUUUUGUGUUUGCAAGGAUGUUUUCAGUACCUGCUGUAGUAAUCUGUGAAUCACGAAGAUGUGUGUAAUCUUUCGUGCACUAUUUUUCCCCAUUUUUGUGAAGAAGAAAAAAAAAGGCUACCGUCAUCUUAAAAGAAGCUUUUAGCGAUAGUCGUUAUAACUGGAAAAUACUAUUGUAAUAACUGGAUAAAAAAAAGACUACCUCUGGCAAUGAAUGUACAGCUUUAGAUGAAGCCAGCGCUAAGCCAGUAACUCAGCUUUGUGUCAGUGUUUUAGUGCUUCCACAGUAACAGUCUGUGGUGCCUCAUACACCCGGGUUCUACAUGUAACUGCUAGAUCUUGAACUGUUUUACUGUGAGUGCUGCAAGCAGGUCUCUUGUUCUUGAUGUCAUGCAGGGGCUGCUGAUACGUUAAGAAGGGAGGCUGCUAUUAGAGCUUCAUCAGAGACUAAUUGAAGGGUUUGGGGAAACAGCACGGCUGAGGACUGGGACCCCAAGAGCUGAGCUAGCGACUGUUACAAUGUAUACCGUAAAUGGUUUAGAAAAUUUAGCACCAGCUAACAAACCCCUCCCUAAUCAAGCCCCGCUCCCCAGCUCUUCAUUGAGUUUUCAGUGGUUUGUGUUACAGUAAGUAUGGGUCAUGUGAGUAGUCAUGACCCAAUGAGAAACUAUCCUCAUCUCUGAUUGAUGAGGAAUACAAAAAUUAACCAUGUCUACUGGCGCCAGAACUGAAUGUUGCUGAGCAGCCAAAUUGUCCAGCUAAACGGUCUUUAUAUGCAGGGUGGUUCGUAAGCAAUGGACCACUGUCAGAGUGACAGGACGAUAUUAGUAAUAUGGAGUGUAGGUGGUCUUGGUAACUUGGUUUGAAUCCCACUCACAUUGCCUGAGAAGGGCAUUGCUUCAGGGACCACUCCUGGCGAGGCACUCAGCGAGACUAUCCAGACUGGGCCAUUGCAGCAGCCAGGGUUUAGUCUCUUGGUAACGUCUGGUUCUUUGAUACAGGCUGGACUGAAGGGGAGAGAGACUAUUACUCAGUGGAAGAGAAAGGGAGAUCCUGGAGUUAGGAGAGGACAGGGGGAGGGCAGAGCUCAGUGCACUGCAGGGCUCCCUAUGGUCCCGUUGUUCAAGUGUGUUUCUGCAGCAGCCGUGGAGGCACGGCUGGGAGACGCACUGUAAGACUCUGGGGGUGUAAAAAUAGACGGCAUACACGUGCUGCUGGAUAGAACAGAUAGAAUAUCUACAAGCACAGGAAUGUUCUAUUGAUUUAGCAGUCAAUAUUAAUGUAAUAAAAC